AGAGAGAGAGAGAGAUAGAUAGAGAAGAGAGCAUGCUAUAUAUCAGUAAAGAAGAGUAAAGAAAAUACUAAUUAGAAAAAGAAAGGAGGAGCUUUGAUGAUCUGAAUCACACCAGCUUUUCUUUAGCAGAAAUAUUUGCAGGAAAAGGAAAACCAAUGGCUUGCCCUGAUGCAAAUAGUGUUUCCAAGAAGGAACUUAAAGGUAAAGAGUUCGUCAUUGACAUUCCAUCAGACCUGGAGCCUGCUGAGUGGCCUGAGUGCUGCAUCUCCAGGGUUCCAAAGAAACUGCGCAGAGUAAACGAAUGUGCCUAUACGCCUAAGCUUAUUUCCAUAGGCCCUUAUCAUCACGGGAAUGAAGAUUUGAGCGAAAUGGAAAUGCAAAAAAUGAGAUAUUUUAAGGCCUUCUGUUCUAGGACUAGAAGGAUCCCGGAGGAUCUUUCAAUGUGUCUUGGAAGCAUCAUUGAACAGAAUGAAUUAAAAAUCUGCCAUAGUUAUGCAGAGAAACCUAAACAAGAUAAGAAUCAGUUUGUAAAAAUGAUUAUAUUGGAUGCUAUCUUUAUAAUUGAGCUCGUCCUGAGGAAUUAUGAAAAUUCAGAAGAAAAACAAGAUGAACAUAUAUUAAAUAAACCAUGGCUGAGAGAUGCUAUACAGCUAGACUUGAUAUUACUUGAGAAUCAGCUUCCCUUUUUUAUUCUUCAGGAAUUAUAUGAUUUCGUCUUCAAUGAUUCUUCAAGUUACAACAAUCACAAAGAAGUGCAGCAAAAAGAAGCUUAUGUUCCUUUUCUUAAGCUUUGUCGCAACUACUUCUCUUGUUAUGAAAAGAAGCAGAAAAAUUCCAACAGCCGUGGGGAAGUGAAACAUUUCACUGAUUUGGUAAGAAAUUUUUAUAUUGCAGAUAACUUGGAAUCUACAGGAAAGAUUAGACAUCUAUAUUGCGCAACAAAGCUUGAUGAAGCAGGAGUGAAAUUCAAAGCUGUUCAUCAAGAAAGAAGCUUGCUUGACAUAAAAUUCAGAAAGGAUGAGUGCUUGGAACGCUGCCCAUUUUUUAAUUGCUCAUGGCUUUUGAAUUGCUUACCAUGUAUGAAAUGCGUACCAUGCUUUGAGCAAAUGCAACCUUUCUUGGAACUCCCUGUCUUUGAAGUAGGAGAUGCAACUGAAUGUGUUUUCAGAAACCUCAUGGCCUUGGAGCAGUGUCAUUAUCCCAAGCAAGCCUACAUCAGCAGUUACAUUCUGCUAUUGGAUUAUCUUAUCAACACUGAGAAAGAUGUGGAUUUGCUGGUUGAGAAAAAGGCUAUUGUUAACCGGCUUGGCAGUGAUGAAGCAGUGGCGACAUUGGUUAACAAACUUGGUCAUCAAAUUGUGGAAUGUAAAUCUUGUUACUUUAAACUCAGUGAAGAGCUUAAUGGGCACUAUGAAAACUUCUGGAAUCGAAAUAUGGCAUCCUUGACAACAGUAUAUUUCCGCGAUAUUUGGAGAGGCACUGCAACAAUUGUCGGACUUAUAGUCCUUUUUUUAACCGUCUGGAACAUUUUCCUGAGGCAUUACGUCAAGUUCAAGUAGAUUCAAAAGCUUCUCUCACUCUUGUAUUACAUAUUGAAGUUUGCUUUGCUUUGAAUUGCUACGAAUUGGGUUUUAAUUUGUCUACUUCAGCUUGUGAUAUCUUCUGCUACUAUUUAUCCUCAACUCAUCUGUAUGAGGAGUUGCCUUUAGGAUUAACUUGAUUUGGUGGUAGUAGCAUGUACUAUUAACUAUUAAGCAAAAAGUAACGUUGUGAAUUUAA